AUGGGUGCAGGUACUGUGUUGAUUAAUGAGUUGCCAAAAGCGGACAUUCGACGUUGUUGUUUGGAUCACCGGCUCACUUCGUCUGCCCAUUCACAGCUCACCUCAAGCACCGAAAGUCUAUCUGAACAGAUCGAUCCGACGGGGCGAGUUCAAGCUGGCGUGUUCCGGCCGGACACGGAGAUUUCGUUUGCUGAUAGUUUACCGGAUCAGUGGAACAGUAGAUCCACUCAAACUUCGGAACAUCUAGACGAACGGGGUUCAAGCCGUCACUCGCCGUCACCAACACCAAAACCACUAUCACGCGACCAACAACACAAACAAAAUCUGCAGAACAAAGCAAGACCGGAAACGACUGAGGAGCAGCAGCAGCAGAAACAAUCUGAUCAGCAGGACCAAAUCCACCAACACGAACACUAUCAUCAUCAACCACAACAAGGUUCGCCAACUUCUGCCGGUGGGAGUUCGUCUAGUGUGUACAGUACAGCUAGUUCCUCUCCACCGUGGUCAUCAACUUCAUUAGACGAGGACGACGAGCAGGACACGCGGCCGGACGACGCAGAAACAGCCAUGCCAGACACACCGUGUCCGGGUGCUCAUCCGGAACAAAGUGAACUUUUGGAACUUGGGGACAAAAAUCGAGGUGCCUGUCUAGUGACCGAAUUACGCGUAACAAUUCAACGUGACAAUACCGGUUACGGUCUUCGAGUUUGUGGGACAAAACCCGUCUCGGUACAUAGUGUACGCAAAGGUGGAACAGCGGAAAAGGCGGGGAUGCGACCAGGUGACCAAAUUAUUAAAGUGAACGGUGAAUUGGUCGAGUUUUUGAGUCAUGACGAAGUGGUGGCACAUAUUCGAGCAAAACCCACAGUAUGUUUCGUAUUACGAAGGCAAGAAUACGCUCAUUCGACGGAAUCAGGAACGCGUCUCCAGAGUCGUAUACUGACUGCGAACGAGGACCCCGUCUUGCGUAGUCGAUCACGUCGCUAUUUUCACAAACGUCGGUCCAAUCGGGACUCAGAUGGCAAGAGUAUGGAAAACACAAAUUCAGAUAGACGACGAAGUGGACGUUCGAAACCAGUAGUGAGCGCUUAUGAACCACUUCAAAGCUUGCAUCCAACCUCCAACCUUCUGACAAGAGACUCUGCAAGCGAUUCGGCCGGUCCUUAUACGGACGAAGAAUACUUGGCUGGUGACGAGGAGACAAUAGAUGUAAGUAUCCCUGGGCGGGAAAGGGUUCUAUAA